CCUGCGCUCAGUCAUCUCUCAUCAAUUGAAGACACUCUCGAACGAGGGCGCUAUUCGCUUGAGUGAGGAUGGAGGGCCCUCGGCACGCGAGUUCUUGGAGGACAGCUACGACGAGGACAACGAGGGUGUGCGGCUGGAGGGUACACUACAGAUGCUUUCAGAACGCUUUGCCGGGGAGCAGGUGCCAGAGCGAAGCCUGCUCAAGCUGGUCGAAGCGUCUGCGUGAUUCGGCGCGUGGGUCCGCCAAGCCAAAUCAACCAAUGCCACUCCAGAGUUAUUUGUACGAACAGACUGUCACGGACCAUCAUAUCUAUAACUUAUAGCAUUUUUCUACAUCGAAAUCCCCAGCCCACUACCAUCGACAUUUCGCCGCUGACCCUCCACUUGACCUGUGGUCUCGUUACAAUCAAAAAGUACACGCGAUGACCGAACGACGGGCGAGAUGCUUCUCUCCGUUGUCCUCCUGCUCUUUGCGCCAGCGCUUUCUACCGUCCACGCCAUCGGGCAGCGCAGUUGCGUCGUCUGCCAGCCGUCGAAAACCGUAUUCAGUGUCGUGAACAACGGGAAGGCCGCGCCGCUAAUGCUCUCUGCGGACGAGUGGCCCGGCGUCCAGCGCACCGCGCAGGACUUCGCAGACGAUAUCCAGCGUGUCACUGGUGUCAGACCUGAAGUCUCCAACGGAACCGCAGCACACCCUUCGCAUGACAUCUGCCUAUCAUCAUUGGUACGCUAGGCAAAUCGUCACUGAUAGCCCAGAUCGUGAACGCAACCAAGAUCGACGUGUCGGAGAUCGAAAACCGGUGGGAGGCAUUCUUGUCGCAGGUGUUCAUGGUCCCCUCGGGGUGGGGCCCGCCUACGUCAUCAUCGGAGCCGACAAACGAGGCACGAUCUUCGCUUUAUACGACCACUCGGAGCAAAUCGGCGUCUCACCGUGGUACUGGUGGGCUGACGUGCCCAUGACGCGGGGCACCUCGCUGUUCGUCGAGCCCAGCGGCUGCUUCCAUGGAUCGCCGACCGUCAAGUAUCGUGACAUAUUCCUGAACGACGAACAGCCCGCCCUGCAGAACUGGGCGGCGGCCAAGUUCACGGCUAAUGGGACUGGGAUCGCAUUGACCAACUCACCGUUCAAUCGGUUCUUUUACGGCCAGCUCUUUGAGCUGCUACUGCGCUUGAAGGCAAACCACAUAUGACCUGCUCAAUGAGCGCGUUCGGCGUUGACGACCCUCUCAAUCAGUUCACGGCGGACUAUUAUGGGAUCGUGAUGGGUACAAGCCACGAGGAGCCGAUGAUGCGCUCGAUUCCUGUCGAAUGGGGGCUGUUUGGGAAUGGUCCGUGGGACUACAAGCGAGUUCCAUUGACGUGUUCCGAUGCAGACUGAAGCAAGCGUGCAAUCGGCGUGAGUGCGGCUGCCAUUCACGACUUCUGGGUCGCUGGCGCCAAACGCGCAGCCCCGUUCGAGAACAUGUGGACAGUCGGAAUGAGGGGCAAUGGGGAUGAGCCUAUCGUUGGCUCUGGCCCGUGGACCUUCUGGAGAAGAUAUACGCUGACUAGAAGUAGAUCCUGACUGACACCCUGAACAACACGAUCGAAAGUAUCCCGCAAGUCUGGGCUAUGUACAGAGAGGUCGAAGGAUAUUAUGACCAAGGACUUCAGGUGCCGGACUAUAUCACUAUUCUCUGGACCGACGAUAACUGGGGAAAUGUGCGGCGAUACCCGCUUCCUUCAGAACGAAACGGAACUGGUGGGGCAGGUGUUUACUAUCAUAUCGACUAUAUAAGCGAAGUUACUGCCACCUUCUAUCCAUCUCAUAGCACCAGGUCGAAGACCCACGGGACUACAAGUGGAUAGCGAGCUCCCAAAUCUCCAAGAUCUACGAACAAAUGACCAUCGCCGUCGACCGCCAAGCGACCCAAAUCUGGGUCCUCAACGUUGGAGAUCUCAAGCCCUCAGAACGAGAGACAGAGUUUUUCCUCGCAUAUGGCUGUGACGCCAGCCUCUGGAACCCGGACAACCUCGACGACUUCGUGGUUGGCUAGGCACAGCGCGAAUUCGAUCUGUCGGAACGUGACGCGGAUGCGGUAGCGGGGAUCGUGGCGAAUGUGACGUGAUUCAAUGCGCGGUGCAAACCUGAGCUGCUCAACGCGACA